CGCUGCGAUGGCACAUUUGCGAAGAAGGACCAAGAUGCAACUGGUGCUGUGGCUCCUCGCCGUCCUCGUGCCAUGGACGGGCGCCACAAUGCGCCCGAUCAUUGGUGUCAUGACGCAGCCAUUCUAUGGCCGCGACGUCGACUACAUCGCUGCGUCCUACGUCAAGUGGAUCGAGAGCGCCGGCGGUCGCGUCGUGCCGAUUCCGUACGCGGCCUCCAACGACACGAUCGACGCGCUUCUUAACAGUGUCAACGGCGUGCUCUUCCCGGGCGGCGCAGCGCCUGUCAACGACCAAGCCGCCCGCGUCUACGCGCUCGCACUCGCGGCGAACGACCGGGGCACGUACUUUCCCAUUUGGGGCACGUGCCUCGGCUUUGAGUGGCUCAUGCAACUCACCUCGUCAAUCGGCAUUCUCAAUACGAAUCUCAACGCGAUGAACCUCUCGUCGACUCUCAACUACACGUCGGCGGCCGCGACGAGUCGCAUCUUCUCGUUCCAGCCGAGCGCGUUUGCAGCUCUGUCAACGCGACCGCUGACGAUGAACAACCACCGGAAAGGCAUCACAACGACCCGGUUUGCGUCAACGCAUGCGCUCACGUCUGCCUUCAACGUCCUGGCAACCUCGGUCGACCGCGCCGGCGUCGAGUACGUGGCGGUGAUCGAGAGCCAAACGUACCCGAUCUACGGGGUGCAAUUCCACCCAGAAAAGCACGCGUACGAGUUUGGCAUGCGCGCCAACGGGUCGCCCUACGAGUCUAUCGACCACAGCGACGACGCGAUCGUAGCGGCCCAAGCGCUUGCUCGCUUCUUCCUGCACGAAGCACGCAAGAACGACCAGCGAUUUCCCGACGCCGCCGCGGAGCAGCGAGCGCUCAUCUACAACCACCCGCUCACGCAGCGCAAAGCGCCGGCCUUUGCCGAAAUUUACGAGUUCCCCGUGAAAACAACCAACACGUGGCGGGACUCGGCGCUCUCGCUGGCUGCCCACGCUCUCCUGCGCCACCCGUGGCGCUAGUCGUCGACCAAGUUCUACUAGCGCACUAAAUUGUUCCCCACAAGACGUGACCUCGGUUGAUAUGCGUUGUGGAAGGUUGAUACUGUAGUCGCUGCAAAGCAACUGACGCGGACUCGAAUUUAUUCCCUGCAUUAAUUCGACAGCAGCCGCGACCACUUGGCUGAGAGUACGACGCGGUCGUCGACCACUGGCGUCCCGAGCACCCCCAGCACCGAGUCAUCGCGGCUCUU